UUAACAGAACAACAUGAACCAAUCAAUUAAAAGAUAAAAAAAGAAAUGGACACACAAAACAAUACAAUAGGAAUAAAGUAACAACAAUGAAGCAGAUCACGCGGGAAGACACUGAUGCCCCAAGCUUAAUGCACUUUUUGGAACACAACACUCUUUCACAUCAACAAUUGUAACCCCAGUACCCACAAAGCCAUUGCCAGUCCCUACCAUUUUCUACUAAUUUGAAUCAAUUCAGCCACUAAACGAAAGAGAUCGAUGCAAACGCACGUAUCCCAGUACCCACAAAGCCAUUGCCAGUCCCUACCAUUUUCUACUAAUUUGAAUCAAUUCAGCCACUAAACGAAAGAGAUCGAUGCAAACGCACGUAUCCCAGUACCCACAAAGCCAUUGCCAGUCCCUACCAUUUUCUACUAAUUUGAAUCAAUUCAGCCACUAAACGAAAGAGAUCGAUGCAAACGCACGUAUAGUUGUACAGAUUGUUCAUUUUCUGCGUAUUCCGAAAAUGGGUUGCUGUCAAAGCUCUAAAUCUCAGCCGGAAAUGGAGAACCACAGUUCGGUAGCUGAAUCAAAGGGCGGAAGGACAGGAGUGCCGCCAUUGCCGAUGGAAGAAGAAACUGUAAAAGAAGUGCUCUCAGAAACACCUGUUGAAAAGGGUUCUAGUCAGAAAGUCGAGAAAUUGAAUGAAAGAAUGCAAGAACUGAAGAUUGAUUCACGGCAGGUGAUUAGGCCGAAGUGCACUGAAGAAAUUGUUUCAGAGGCAUCUGUAGUUUCGGAUUUGGGUAGUUUUACUGAGAGCUUUUCAACGACGGGGAUGGAGAAUAGAGACGACGAUGAUGGAGAAGUGAAUCAGAGGAUUCCUCUUAGAGUCCCAAGAAGACGGCAAAACACCGGUGACAUUCCCGGCGGGAGAAUUAGAAGGGAAAGAUCAGCUCCGACUGGACGGACGGCGACGUUGCAGCAGAGCCGGGGCCAGGUGACUGCGUCUCGUCCUUUUCAGGGGAGGUUAUCCACGGCCCAGCAACGGAAUCCAGGAACGGAGAAGGAUCUCCGUCCAGACUCCGGGGAUAUCUCCGCCAGGAGGACGAGGUCGCCAGCGACUAGUAGCGAAGUGGGUCAGCGUGGGAAUUUGAGCAGUAAAAGUCCUGGGCCUAGCGAGACUGGUCAGUCAGGUGGUGCGCCACUGGUGAAGACGGCGGAGAGCGGCGGCGGUAAAGUAGAGAAUUCCAACGACGACGUUUUAGCCGAAGACGGCGAAUCUCUGGAGAACCCCAUUGUUUCCUUAGAGUGCUUUAUUUUUCUAUAGCGUUGCAAGGAUUUUUCCUUAAUUAUAAUUAAUUAAAUAUUUAAAAUGGGGUUGUUUUCGUCACUACAUCUACAUUGCCAUUUCCACCCUUUGGCAAAGAUCACAUUGUAAAAUCGAAUUGAAUUAUCAUGUAUUACUUAAAUGAAUAUUAUUUUUUA